GCGACAAUUGAGCCUCAAGAUGAUCACAACUCCGUUCCAACUCAUAUUUUUGAUCUGGUGUUGUUAAAUGUGGAUUCAACAUCGUUGAAAAGUCGAUUUAGGAUCUCGUCUAUUGAAAAUUUACAAUCUCCAAAAAUAAUAGCAAGAAAAUUGGGGGGUACCGAACGAUGGGAAACAAUUCAGCAGAAUGCAUAUAUCAAUCUCGAAUUUUCCUGGAACCCGAUCGUUGAUUCAUUUCAACCAAAUAAUGUUUCAAUACAUGUUUUUUCACCACAUGAUAUACGACAUGAAGUGAUUUAUAUUUCCAAAGGGGUUGUAGAUUUCAAAAUAGACUUUGGUCCCGAAUCAACCAUACGAUGGGAUAGUCCUGUUGAUGAUAACUCGACGAUUACCGUUAGCAUGGAAAAAGAAUAUACGGAUUUUCAAAGCGUGAGCGCGAUGGUACAUGUAGAGGAGGUCAUUGUUAAUUCUGGUGUAUUGUUAACUGCUAUCGAAGAAAUGCGGAAGGAUGAGGUCACAAAUGUAGUGCUCGAGGAUUCGUAUUAA